GUGAUGCCAUAAAAAAUCCAGAAGUUGGAAAGGCUUUUUACUCUUACAUGUUAGAGUAUGUCAAACUUAAUCUGGAUUUUGAUGAACAAGAGGAGUAUAUUCAGAAAUCUCAAGGUAUUGAUGUAUCAUCCUUGUAUCUUUAUAAUACAUGUAAGAAUUGGAUCCUUGAUCCAUCUAAUCCUCAAAAGGAAAAGCUCCCUAUCAUACAAGAAUUUACCUGUGCAUUGGGAGAUCUUGGAUUAAAGCCUAAAUCAAAAAGAGCAGGAGACCAAAAAAGUAAUAAAAAAAAAAGAAAUAUGAUUGAUGAUGCUGAGAAUCUUGAUGAGCCAGAAGGUUAUCAGACUGAAAAUAAUACAAGUAUUCUCCCAACUGAAAUUCUUCCAACUGAAGAGCCUCCUACUGAAAAAAUUCCAAUUCUAGAAGAAGUAGACUGUCAAGUUUCCAACUCAUCUAUCAAAAUUGAGUCUCCUGUCUGA